AUGGAUAUGGAGCUGAUGUGCAGGACUUUGACAUUUGCGCUUCUGAUAUGCGUCGUCAGGUGCAGAUCCUUGCUCCAAUUGCAAAAUACGGAGACGCCAACGGAUUUGGUUACUGUUUCCACGACGACCGAAGACGAUUCGGUUGUUGUUGAUGCGGUUACGGAAUUAGUGAAGCUUAAGAACUCUGAGCAAAUUGAUACUGAAGUGACGAAUCUGGAUGGAACUUCCAACAAACGUCUUCCGUUCGUUCCUAUCUUCCUGACGCCCUCGCAGAUCUUCGAACCACUCCACCAGAAGCUCUCGCUCAUCUCCGAAUACCUGACGCAUCCGAACUUGAACUUGGGUCUGCCGCGACCUUCGCGCAUUUGGGAGAAGAUCCAGACUGCAGGAAAUCACCUCUUCGGCACUGCAAACGGUGGCGGCCUCUUCGGAUUAGGUCAAAUCGGUGGUCAAGACUACCCGAUUCCUUACCGCCUUCUGGAUAGGAAACCGAAAGAACUGCUCCAAUUACCGUUGAUGAGGAGCGAGGCGAUUUCGUUGCCCUUCGGAGAAUUACCCAAGUUCCCGUUGAUGCUCUCCGAGGAAGAGGUCAGACAGUUCCUGCGUAACAUCACGCAGCUUAUCCUGAGGAAUUGAUUCGGGAAUACAACAA